CGUGCCCACUUUAUACUGCAUCAAAAUAACCUACUGGUUCAAUGAUAUUGCCAGAUCUUGUGAGUCUGAAGAGCAAUAAUGUUUAACUUCUACAGUGAAAUGAAGGUAUCUUUAUUCUGAGCAUAUAGACUUGCCCACUGUGAGCUGAUAGAAGUGUGGAGGUUAUUCGUCUACUGAUUUGAAACGUCCAUUUUACUUCACCAUCAUCGUCAUAAUUACUGUGGAUUGUUAUGUGUUUGUUUUGUUACUUAUUUAUGUAAGUAUAUCAUGUUGUAAGUUAAGUUGUUUGUGUAGGAGCUCGCAGACGCUGGCUUUCUGCUUUCAGGACAGUUACCGCUAAGUGUGUAAAAGCCGCGCCCCUGAAUGUUUCCACGCCGGUAGACUCACCGUGGCUAGAGGAGGAGCACUGACGCCUGUUCUACCUCGAAUAACGCUAAAGCAAAUCACUUAAGAGAACCAUUUACAUUACGGAACAACGAAGAUGUCUGACACACGCAACAUUAAAGCCAAAUUGGAGCGCACAAAACAGCUUGUUGCUGAGAUGCAUGAAGAAAAAAGAAGAAAAGCAGAAGAAAGAAAAAAGAAAGAGUCUGAGGUACAGCAAAUGGCAGAGUGUGCAUCAGACGACUCAGACUUGGACAGAAAGAAAAGCGAAAUCUCUCAAGAACCGCCUUUAGUCCCAACCCCUAUGUCUCCCUCUUCGCAAUCAGUGAGCGCUUCCAGUGAGAACGGGAGCCAGGAGUCAGUGGAGGGAGGAACCAUGGCUAGGACGCUGCAGUGGGACAUGGACCCCUCAGCUCUUCAGCUCCUAGCAGACGCAGAGCACAGGUGCGUAAUGAAGAGACUUGAAACAUCAGAGAUUGUACAGAUUGAUUACAUACCCAAGAAACUGGUGACGUACUGUAAAGAGACCCAGACUCCAGUAGCACCAAAUCUGUCUGAAGAAGAAGAGAAGGAGGAUGAAGAACUCCCUGUGGUCCAACCCAAACCUCAAUCUGAAGAACAUCUGGUGACGGACAAUCAAGAGACCAUGCAAGAACAUCCUAAAGAGCUCACAGAGGAAGAGAAGCAGCAGAUUGUCCAAUCAGAAGAUUUCCUGAUCUUCUUUGACCGUAGCAUUCGGCUGGUGGAGCGAACUCUAGCUGAGGACCUGGAUAUUUUCUUUGACUACAGCGGACGUGACAUGGAAGACAGAGAGGGAGACACACAAGCUGGUUUAAAUCUGUCCUUCAACCAACAAUUCUAUGACGAACAGUGGUCCAAACAUCGAGUCGUCACCUGUCUGGAUUGGUCACCGCAGUACUCUGAAUUGCUGAUGGCUUCAUACAAUGCCAAUGAACACGCACCACAGGAACCAGAUGGAGUUGUGCUGCUGUGGAACAUGAAGUUUAAGAAGACAAUCCCAGAAUACAUAUUUCACUGUCAGUCCUCUGUGAUGUCAGUGGGUUUCGCACAGUUUCAUCCAAACCUCAUCGUUGGGGGCACUUACUCUGGCCAGAUAGCAUUGUGGGACAAUCGGAGCCCCAGGAGAACUCCAGUACAAAGGACACCUUUAUCUGCUGCUGCUCAUACUCAUCCCGUGUCCAGCGUAAACGUGGUGGGAACCCAAAACGCCAACAGUCUGAUUACCGUGUCCACAGAUGGCAAGAUGUGCUCCUGGAGUUUAGAUAUGCUCUCUCAGCCACAGGAUAGUAUGGAACUGUACUAUAACAAGUCCAAGGUUGUAGCUGUGACUGGAAUGGCUUUUCCUGUUGGUGAUGUGAAUAACUUUGUGGUGGGAAGUGAAGAAGGGACAGUGUACACGGCCUCACGGCACGGCAGUAAGGCUGGUAUUAGUGAGAUGUUUGAGGGCCACCAAGGACCAGUGACUGGCAUCAGCUGCCAUAAUGCUGUGGGCCCCAUUGAUUUCUCCAACCUCUUCACCACCUCAUCCUUUGACUGGACUGCCAAACUGUGGUCAACUAAACAUAACAAACCGCUCUACUCUUUUGAGGACAGUGUUGACUACGUCUAUGACGUCAUGUGGUCUCCUGUGCACCCUGCUGUCUUUGCUACAGUGGAUGGAAUAGGUCGCCUUGACAUUUGGAACCUUAAUAAGGACAAAGAGGUUCCUACAGCAAGUGUGACAGUGGAGGGCUCUUUUGCUCUGAACCGGGUCAGAUGGGCAUCAGGAGGUCGCGAAGUAGCUGCAGGUGAUUCUGAGGGUCGAGUCUGGAUCUAUGACGUUGGAGAGCAAUUGGCAGUGCCACAUUCAGAGGACUGGAGCCGACUUGCACAAGUUCUCGUGGAGAUCCGUGCAAAUGCUGAUGGAGACGUGACUGGCUGAGAGUGUACCUGUAUAUGUACUACAAAAGCAAAACACACACACACAUAUUUAUUUACAUAUAUAUAUAUAUAUAUAUAUAUGUUCAGUAAUACUAAGCUAUUAGAACAGAUGACAGAAUUGACUGUUAAAGUUCCAUUGUUAAUUGAACUUUUAGUUACUGGUCUUCCCUAUUCCUGUUGUUUUUUUUUUUUUUUUUUUUUAAACUAAACAUGAACAAAGGAAAAGGCUCUUUAUAUGUAAUUACAUAUUUAAAAUAUUUAUCGAUGAAUCCAUAAACAUAUUCAUUCAUUACUGAACAAAACAUUUUUGAAAAGUGUGUUUAAAAUCCGGGUAAAAAAUUUUCCAUCCCAAAUUAUAUGAGCAAAAAGUUAAUAAUAAGCAUAUAAUAAUAAUAAUAAUAAUGAUGAUAAUAAAAUCACCAAAUGCAAGUAUUGGUAUUAGGAAUGCUAUUAAAGAUAGUAUCAAGAUGGUGUUAAAGAACUCUGUGCGGUGUUUUUUCAUCAAGUUCAAUUCAUCCUUAAAGACUCUGGGAAGACUCGAGUGUAGUCAUUUUAAAUGACUGAAAAUAAAACAAAGCAGAACAUUUCCAUACAAAUGUUACUGAUAUCAGUAAUAUGUUUGAUUAGUCUCAAAACCGGACUUGUUCGUUGGUGGCAAUCCAGGGCCAUGGAGCAGACAAGCAGGCUACACCAACCAUCUGCUAGCUGCCUUAGGUUCCACCAUACUGAGACUGUGUCUGUUCCCCGAGCUAAACAGACGUGUAGAAAUACUCAGAAAGUUUGUUUUAGUAAUCUAAUGAACAUAAAAUUUGAUCAUAUUGAGUACACAGCCUGCACCUUUGAUCUGAGUCUAGGACUGUUAAAUAUUAUAUAUCUCAUACAUCUAAAGCACUUAUGGUAAAUGAAACUAAUACUGAUGAGGUUUAUGUAGUGUGUGUGACAGAAAUGUGGAUUAAACCAAAUGAGAAUGUAGCAUUAAAUGAAGCUAGUCCUCAUGGAUACAGUUAUAUACAUCGCUCUCAUCUAAAUGGCAGAGGAAGUGGCAUCACAAUUAAUUAUUAAUGAUAUUAUAAAAAAAAAAAAAAAAAACCUGGAAAUGAAUGUGAUGUGAAGUUCUUUAUACUAAUAUAGCAUACAGUUGUGCUUGAAAGUUUGUGAACCCUUUAGACUUUUCUAGAUAUCUGCAUAAAUAUGACCUAAAACAUCAUCAGAUUCUCCGACGAGUCCUAAAAGUAGACAAAGAGAGCCGAAUUAAACAAAUGGGACAAAAAUAUUAUACUCGGUCACUUAUUUAUUGAGGAAAAUGAUCCAAUA